AUGACGGACCAGGCCGACCCCUCUGACUUCAUCCCUCAGAAAGAGAUUGUUUACAACGGCCUGCUACCGUACGCAGACCGUCUGGACCAGGAGGCUACUCGGCUACUGGCCGGGAUAAAGGCGAACCUGGCCCGGGCAGUCAUGGUCAGAGAACUCUGGCCCGGUGUCUCUUUCUGGACAAGGAAACUAUUCGCGUUUCUGAAGCUGUAUGGCCGCAGGUUCAGUAAAGAGGACCAUAUUGUGUUCAUUAAGCUGCUGUAUGAGUUGGUCACUCUGCCCAACCUGGAGCCUCAUAUGAUGCAGAGCUUUGCCAGGCUUCUGAUCAACCUGCUCAAGAAAAAGGAGCUGCUGUCACGGGAUGACCUGGAGUUGCCAUGGCGACCACUGUACGCGCUGUGUGAGAAGGUCUUCCAUUCUAAAACGGAACACCUAGGCCUGAUCUGGUUCCCCAACUCUUUGGAGAACCUGCUGAAAGCAAUGGUGAAGAGUUGCAGAUUGUAUUUCCCUGCGUCCUCCACCCAGGAAAUGCUGGAUGAGUGGCGCCCCCUGCUGUGUGUGUUUGACGUGAUCAUGCAGAAGGCCGUCAGCUACAUGGAGCUCUUCCUUCCCACCAUCAUGCCCCCCGAGGAGCACGCACAGGGCUUCAGGUUGUGGUUUGAUGAGUUGAUGAGUCUGUGGGUAUCAGUCCAAAGUCAGCCCAACUGGGAAGGGUGUCUUGUAAACCUGUUUGCGCGUUUGGCCAAUGACAACAUUGGCUAUGUGGACUGGACCCCUUACAUCCCCACUAUCUUCACCAGGAUCCUGCGCAGUCUGAACCUGCCUGUCGGGGUCAGUCAGAUGGUGGCUCCUCGAUACCUCACCAACUCCUACGACAUGGGUUACCUGGUGGUGUGGAUCACUGCCCUGCUGGGUGGGCCAGGGAACCCUGCGCAGAAACAGCUGACCUGUCUGUUAAACAGCAUUGCUUCCUAUUACCACCCCUCCAAUCAUGGACGCUGGCAGUCCCAUCUGAUGAGGCUCCUCCAGCGGCUGCCGGCCAGCGUGGUGCGUCGUGUCCACCGUGAGCGCCAUGCCCAGCCGUCCUGGAUCACGCCUGUCCCAGAUCAGCACAAGCUGAGCGACGCUGACCUGCACCACUUCUCCCUCAGUCUCAGUGGAGCCGCCCUGCUGGCCAUGUUCAGUAAGACAGGCAGUAUGGACGCUGCUUACGCACUGCAGAACCUGGCUCUCCUCACCCCUCAGCUCACCAUACCUCCCGUACUGGAGAAAACGUAUGCUGCUAUGCAGACUCUUACAGAACCUCACACGCUCACGGCGACCCUCAGCUGUAUGAUUGGGAUGGCUCGCAGCCUCAUCUCCACCGGCAACCAUUACCCAGAAGGCCGCACACACGUUCUCCCGCUGCUCAUGGGAGCGUUGCCCGGGGUCGAUCCAAACGACUUCAGCAAGUGCAUGAUAACAUUCCAGUUUAUCGCCACCUUCACCACUUUGGUGCCUUUUGUCGACUGCUCAUCUGCUCCCUCUCAGCACACUGACCUCACAGAGAUUGAGAGAGAGCUGUGUUUUGCCUCUGCUGAGUUUGAAGACUUUGUUCUCCAGUUCAUGGACAGGUGUUUUGCCCUGAUAGACAGCAGCAGCCUGGAGCAGACGCGUGGGGAGACAGAGACAGACACACAGACCCAGCUGGAGAGCCUGGUGGAGCUGGGUCUGUCCUCCACCAUCAGCACCAUCCUCACACAGUGCUCCCGCCCCAUCUACAGGGUGGCUUUGGAGAAGGUGUACAAUUUUGCCACAACGAACAUCUUUGAGACGUGUGUGUCUGGCCGGAUGGUGGCGGACAUGUGUCGAGCAGCAGCCAAGUGUCAUCCAACAGAGUCUCUCAGACUGUUUGUCCCUCACUGCUGCAGCAUCAUCCUGCACAUCACUGCCAAUGAAGAGCUGUUAAACGAGGAGGAAAUGGAUAAGGAGCUGCUGUGGAAUCUGCAGCUGCUCUCAGAGGUGACUCGUGUGGACGGGGACCAGCUGUUGCUGUACAGGGAGGACCUGGAGCAGAUCCUGUGUGUGUGUGUGCGUCUGCGCUGCAAGCAGGCCUACAUGCUGGCCUGCUGUCUCCUGGAACACACACUCCGCUCUCUGUCGCUCACGUACCCCACCGAAUACCGCAGCACACCUGGGGGCUUUGACACACACCUGCCCAUAUGGGACUGGGGCAGGGCUGGGGAUGUAGCUGCACUGGGGGUGUGUUGGCACGUGCCCAGUAAAGAGGAGGAGGACUUUGUCUUUCAGCUCUUGUCCCGCCUUCUACAGCCUGAGCUCCAGCGAAUCAGAGAUCAUGUCUCUGGCCAGCAACCGAUGAGCAGGGAGGAGCUGUUGCAGAGUUUGGCAAUUGUGCAGCAUUGCCUGCUGGGAACUGGAAGCAUGCUGCCCCCUCUGGAUGGACCAGCUGUCCCUGAUCUAGUUCCCACCAUGGUGAGCCUGGAGGAAAUAAAGCUGCACAUUGGAGUGGACUAUGAUGCCUCCAGGGAGAGGUACAGAGAGACCAUGUGCACCACCAUGAGAUUACUGCUGCAUCAUAUUCUGGAAAAUUCAGAGGAUGACACCAAGUCCCUGUUUGCCAUUAUAAAGAUCAUCAGCGACCUCCUGUUUUUCCGGGGAACGCACAAGAAGGAGUUUGACUCCCGCUGGAAGAGCUAUACACUCGUCAAGAAGUCCAUGGAAGACCGGCUCCAUGGGAGGAAGCAGCACAUUCGCGCUCUGCUCAUCGACAGAGUGUUGUUGCAGCACGAGAUGAGGAAGCUGGUUUGCGAGGGCUGUGAAUACAAGAUGGUCCACCAGGAGCUGAUCAGCGAUCUUCUGCUCCUGUCUACGAGCACCUAUAGUCAGGUGCGUAGCAGGGCCCAGGCUGUGCUUAUGGCUGCGUUGGGAACCUUCACUCUCUCCUACAGAGAUGUGGCUCCCCGAAUUCUCAAACUGCUCUCUCCACAACACACCUCAGCGACACAGCAGCAGUUCAAGGGCGCGCUGUACUGUCUGCUGGGGGUGUACGGGGGGGUGUGUCUGGCCAGUGGGAGAGACUGGGACUGUGUCGGGGAGGUGUGGCCGGCUCUGGUGCGCUGUGGUCUCUCCCCUUCCAUGACCCUGGAGAAGCCCUCCAUUGGACGGCUCCUCGAUGACAUCACAGACAAGAUCCACCGGCAGCACGAGACGAUAGGCCUUCACUUUACGGUGUCUGACAGCUGCGUAGAAACAGCCAAUGAGAUCUUUGCAUCUCAAAUCCCCGCCCCCAGCUUGGAGGCACCGACCAAACAGGAGCUGAAGGAGGGGCUUCAGCGUCAGCGAAUCAGAAACCUAGUGGCCGUCAGGAAGUAUGAGAAGCUUGUCAACGACCUCUUGGACUGCCUUGAAGACAAAGACCUGCCGUGGAAGUUUGAGCACAUGGCUACAGACCUGCUCUCUCUUCAGCUGAGAGACGACCACCCCCUCCCUCCAGAUGCUAUCCUGUACUUCACACAAGGCCUCACGCACGACUCACUCAGCAUACGCAAGGUGGCCAUAUGCACUGUAGCUGCCAUCUUAAAACAGCUGAAGAGACCACGCAAGAAAGUGUCUCUGAAGCCCCGGGACGUCAGUGGUAUAGUCGACUCGGAGCAUCUGUGUGUGGGAGACAGGGAUUCAAACCGCUGGCUACAGUACGACAGCAACAGGCUCCCACUCAGCCAGGAACAGUGGAACUCUCUGAACUUUGUGGAGAAGACUCACUGGGGCUAUUACACAUGGCCUAGAGAGAUCGUCAUCUAUGCACCGUAUGGAGAGCAGCCAAAAGAAGCCCUGGAAUAUGAGGACAUGUGUGAGGGUGAGAAGAUCAUCUAUGAACAUUUCAUCGACCCAGAGUUCGUUGGCCAGCUGAUUGAGUUUCUGUGUCUGGAGGAUCGCAAAGGCAAGGACAGUUUCAGUCCUCGUCGAUUCUGCCUGUUUAAGGGGCUGUUCCGCAACUAUGGCGAUGCGCUCUUGCCAUUGCUGUGGCCCCACCUGGAGCAAUUGGCUGGGGACUCUCACGAGAGCUCCCAGAGGUGUGUGUGUGAGGUCGCAGCUGGCCUCAUCAGGGGCAGUAAACACUGGAGCUACAGCAAGGUGGCGAGCAUGUGGAAGCUUUUGGGGCCUCUCAUCCGGACAGCAUUGUCCAACAUCACAGUGGAAACGUACACAGACUGGGGCACCUGCAUCGCGACAGCAUGUGCGGGUCGGGACCCCAGGAAGCUGCACUGGCUGUUUGAGCUGCUGAUGGAGAGCCCCCUCAGUGGGGAGGGGGGGUCAUUCAGGGACGCCAGCCUGCUGUACGUGCUGCAGGGGGGCCUGGCCCAGCAGGAGUGGAGGGUUCCUGAGCUGCUCCACAGACUGCUGGCCUACCUGGAGCCCAAACUCACACAGGUCUACAAGAAUGUGAGGGAGCGCAUCGGCAGCGUGCUGACGUACAUUUUCAUGAUCGACGUGGCGCUGCCCCACACGCGCCCCACCUGCUCCCCCCACGUGGCCGAGUUCACCAGCAGGGUCCUGGCCCGACUCAAGCCCUUGACCUCGGAGCAGGAGAUCCACAACCACGUCCGCGAGGAGAGCCUCCAGGAGCCUGACGAGAAGACCCAGGCCAUCAAGCUCCUCAAGACAGUGUUGAAGUGGUUGAUGGCCAGCGCUGGACGAACCUUCACUACUCCUGUGGAACAGCAGCUGCAGCUCCUCCCCCUGCUCUUCAAGAUUGCCCCCGUGGAGAUGGAUGAGAACUAUGAUGAGAUGAAGCAGGAUGCUCGCACCUGUCUCUCUCUCAUGUCACAGGGACUGCUCUACCCGGACCAUGUCCCCACAGUCCUGGCUGCUCUGCAGGAGAUGUCGUCCCAUCGCUCGUGGCACGCGCGUCACUCGGUGCUGUCCUACUUGCAGAUCAUGGUGUUCUACAACCUGUUCACCAUCCUGGCCCUGCCCACGCAGGUGCUCCGCAUCCGGGCCCUGGUGCUGCAGCUGCUGCAAGACGAGCAGCUGGAGGUCAGAGACAUGGCCGGGACCACCCUGAGCGGUUUCCUACAGUGUCAGUUCUUUCCCCUGGACGCCAGUCUGCAGAACCAGCUCCAGUCCCUCAGUCACACCUCCCUCCCCAGGGCCAGGAGCAGAGAGCUGUCUUCCACAGACCUGGUUCGCCGCCAUGCGGGAGUCCUUGGCCUCAGCGCCUGCAUCCUGUCGUGUCCGUAUGACGUCCCUGUCUGGAUGCCCCAGAUCCUCAUGGACCUUAGCAACCACCUCAAUGACCCACAGCCCAUAGAGUUGACGGUGAAGAAAACUCUGUCAGACUUCAGACGUACUCACCAUGACAACUGGCAAAAUCACCGUCAGCGCUUCACAGAUGACCAGAUACUGGUGCUCACUGACCUGCUGGUGUCACCCUGCUACUACGCCUAGGCAGGUACAACCUUACCACAACAUUACCACAACAUUACCCUAACCCUGCUACUACGCCUAGGCAGGUACAACCUUACCACGACAUUACCACAACAUUACCCUAACCCUGCUACUACGCCUAGACAGGUACAACCUUACCACAAUAUUACCACAACAUUACCCUAACCCUCCUACUAUGACUAGACAGGUACAACCUUACCACAACAUUACCACAACAUUACCCUAACCCUGCUACUACGCCUACACAGGUGCAACCUUACCACAAUAUUACCACAACAUUACCCUAACCCUCCUACUGUGCCUAGACAGGUACAACCUUACCACAACGUAACCCUAACCCUCCUACUAUGACUAGACAGGUACAACCUUACCACAACAUUAUCCUAACCCUUCUACAACAUCUAGACAGGUACAAUCUUACCACAACAUAACCCUAACCCUGCUACUACAUCUAGACAGCUACAACAUUACUACAAACUUACCACAUUACCCUAACCCUCCUACAACGUUUAGACGGGUAACAGAAUGUUGCCACAUUAUCCUAAUCAUUCUACUGUCUGAACAUGUCCCUCAACAUGAUGUCAGUCGCCUAAUCGCUACUUAUGUAAAAGAACUAAAAGACACCUUUGCCAUCACU